GCUACUAUGCAUGCUGAUUGGCUGCAACUGGGAUACUUAAUGGCACUGAGCCGCCGUUAUUGUCAGUGUUGUAGGCAAGACUACCUAAACCAGGACCAAGUCAAGACCAAGACCAGACAAAACAUGAGCAGGAACUACGUGUCCAAAAACGAUGAGCUCCGCAGGGGAGACUACCUGAUGUCCAACAAUGGACAGUGGAAGGCUGUUUUCGAGGAUGAUGGCAACCUUGUUAUCUAUGGCUGGAAGCCUGUGUGGACUUCAGAGACCAAUGGAUCAGACGCUAUCCGCCUGUGCAUGCAGGCAGACUGCAACCUGGUCAUGUACAGCCAGUGUGACUCACCCAGAUGGCAGACAAACUCUGCCAAGCCCAAAUGUAAUAUGUGCCGUCUUCAGCUGACUGAUGAUGGCAAACUUGUGCUGUACAGGGAAUGUGAUGAGAUUUGGAGCUCUGCUUCCUCCAAAGGUAUGAAAUAAUGAAUUUGAAAUUAAUUGUUUGUGUAAGUCAUCUUAUCAGCUUGACUUACCAGUAAACCUGAUUGGAAGCAGCUGUGAGCUAUGAUUAGACUAAAAUAUGUCUCUGCAUCUCAGCUCCUUGUACAACUCUUCACUUAAAACUGUGCUUACUAUUUGAUUGGUAUUGGACUGAAUUAACCAGCUGAGAAUAAAGUUUAAUACACAAACAA